CGCGAGUGAGCAGAGAGCGCAGCCGGGCGCACCCCGUCCCACAGCCGGCUCCAACCGCUCCGCAAGCCCCUGCGCACCCGCCGCCGCCUGCAGCAGGAGGAGCAGAGGGGGGAGGAGAAGGAGGAGGAAGGCAGCAGCCCGCCCGCAGCGGGGCACGCACGUGUGCGCGCAGACCUCGACGGUCGCCCUCCAGCAUGCUGCUCGGAGCCGCGCAGGGCAGAGUGCCCGAGAGGAGCUGAGCGCGGCCGCGGGAGAAGAGAGGAGCAGAGCAGGAGCGGCUCCGCGGAAUCCUCCGCGCGCCCGUCCCGUCCGACCCCCCGCCCACUUCGCCGAGGGAGCGGCGGUCCCGCAGUAUGGGCGGCCGCAGCCCCCUCGCCGCUGCCGGGCCCCGCGGGGCCGCUGUCCUGGUGCUGCUGCUGGGGCGCCUCGCUCUCUGUCUCGCCGUGGAGGGAAAGAAAGUUUGUCAAGGGACAAAUAACAAGCUGACUCAACUGGGACAUGUCGAAGACCAUUUCACCAGCCUGCAGAGGAUGUACAACAAUUGUGAGGUGGUGCUCAGCAACCUGGAGAUUACAUACGUAGAGCACAAUCGUGACCUCUCUUUCCUGAAGUCGAUACAGGAGGUUGCUGGCUACGUCCUCAUUGCACUUAACAUGGUGGAUGUCAUUCCCCUAGAAAACCUCCAGAUCAUCCGAGGCAAUGUGCUGUAUGACAACUCUUAUGCCCUGGCAGUUUUAUCCAAUUACCACAUGAAUAAAACCCAGGGACUCCGGCAGCUGCCAAUGAAACGGCUAUCAGAAAUUCUCAAUGGAGGUGUUAAAAUCAGCAACAACCCCAAACUGUGCAACAUGGACACUGUUCUCUGGAAUGACAUCAUUGACACGAGCAAGAAGCCUCUCACAGUGCUUGAAUUUGCAAGCAACUUAUCUUCUUGUCCCAAAUGCCAUCUGAACUGUACAGAAGACCACUGCUGGGGCCCUGGUGAACAGAACUGCCAGAAAUUAACAAAAGUCAUCUGUGCCCAGCAGUGCUCUGGCCGCUGCAGGGGAAAGGUGCCCAGUGACUGCUGCCACAACCAGUGUGCUGCGGGAUGCACGGGGCCUCGGGAGAGUGACUGCCUGGCAUGCCGCAAGUUUCGGGAUGAUGCUACGUGCAAGGAUACGUGUCCCCCAUUAGUCCUGUAUAACCCCACCACUUACCAGAUGGAUGUCAACCCUGAUGGAAAAUACAGCUUCGGAGCCACUUGUGUGAAGGAAUGUCCACACAACUACGUGGUGACAGACCAUGGCUCCUGUGUUCGCUCAUGCAAUGCUGAUACUUAUGAAGUGGAAGAAAACGGUGUUCGGAAGUGUAAAAAGUGUGAUGGGCUAUGCAGCAAAGUGUGCAGUGGCAUUGGAAUAGGUGAACUUAAAGGGAUCCUCUCCAUAAAUGCCACAAACAUUGACUCCUUCAAAAACUGUACCAAGAUCAACGGGGAUGUCAGCAUUCUCCCAGUUGCAUUUCUAGGUGAUGCCUUCACGAAGACUCUACCCUUGGACCCCAAGAAGUUGGAUGUCUUCAAAACAGUCAAAGAAAUAUCAGGAUUUUUGUUGAUUCAAGCCUGGCCCGAGAAUGCUACUGAUCUCUAUGCUUUUGAAAAUCUGGAGAUUAUACGAGGCAGAACAAAGCAACAUGGCCAGUAUUCCCUUGCUGUUGUUAACUUGCAAAUACAGUCCUUAGGGCUGCGCUCCCUCAAGGAAAUAAGUGACGGAGAUGUCGCCGUUAUGAAGAACAGGAACCUCUGCUAUGCUGACACCAUGGACUGGCACAGCCUGUUUGCAACUCAGAGCCAGAAAACAAAGAUUUUACAGAACAGAGAUAAAAAUGAGUGUGCUGCUGCCAAGCAUGUUUGUGACCCUCUGUGCUCAGAUGUGGGCUGCUGGGGGCCAGGACCCUUCCACUGCUUCUCCUGCAGGUUUUUUGCUCGGCAAAAGGAGUGUGUGAAACAGUGCAACAUCCUACAAGGGGAGCCAAGAGAGUUUGAAAAGGACUCCAGGUGCCUACCCUGCCACCCUGAGUGCUUGGUGCAAAACUCCACUGCGUACAAUGCAACCUGCACUGGACCUGGUCCUGACAAUUGCAUGAAGUGUGCCCAUUUUAUAGAUGGCCCCCACUGCGUGAAAUCCUGCCCAGCAGGGGUUCUGGGUGAGAAUGACACCCUCGUCUGGAAAUAUGCCGACGGGAAUGCUGUUUGCCAGCUCUGCCAUCCAAACUGCACCCGAGGGUGCAAAGGGCCAGGUCUUGAAGGCUGUCCAAAUGGCUCCAAAAUUCCAUCUAUCGCAGCUGGUGUUGUUGGAGGUCUCCUGUGCCUGGUGGUGGUUGGAUUGGGCAUCGGCCUUUACUUACGGAGACGCCACAUCGUCAGAAAGCGGACCCUGCGCCGGCUGCUGCAGGAGAGGGAGCUUGUCGAACCACUGACACCCAGCGGGGAGGCACCAAACCAGGCUCAUCUGAGAAUUUUAAAGGAAACAGAAUUUAAAAAGGUCAAAGUUUUAGGCUCUGGAGCUUUUGGCACUGUUUAUAAGGGACUUUGGAUCCCAGAAGGGGAGAAGGUUAAAAUUCCUGUUGCUAUUAAAGAGUUGAGAGAGGCUACAUCACCAAAAGCCAACAAGGAAAUACUUGAUGAAGCUUAUGUGAUGGCUAGCGUUGACAAUCCUCAUGUGUGCCGCUUGUUGGGAAUCUGCCUCACUUCUACUGUUCAGCUCAUCACACAGCUGAUGCCUUAUGGCUGCCUCCUUGAUUACAUCCGAGAGCACAAGGACAACAUCGGCUCCCAGUACCUUCUCAACUGGUGUGUGCAGAUUGCAAAGGGAAUGAACUAUUUGGAGGAACGUCGCCUGGUGCACCGUGACCUUGCUGCCAGGAAUGUCCUUGUUAAGACUCCUCAACACGUGAAAAUCACGGACUUUGGGCUGGCAAAGCUGCUUGGUGCCGAUGAGAAGGAGUAUCACGCUGAGGGAGGCAAGGUUCCAAUUAAAUGGAUGGCCUUGGAGUCAAUUUUACACCGAAUUUACACUCAUCAAAGUGAUGUCUGGAGUUAUGGUGUGACAGUUUGGGAGCUGAUGACAUUUGGGUCCAAGCCGUAUGAUGGGAUCCCUGCCAGUGAGAUCUCCUCUGUCCUGGAGAAGGGCGAGCGUUUGCCACAGCCCCCAAUCUGUACCAUCGAUGUGUACAUGAUCAUGGUCAAAUGUUGGAUGAUCGAUGCAGACAGCCGUCCCAAGUUCCGUGAACUGAUAGCCGAAUUCUCGAAAAUGGCUCGUGACCCUCCACGCUAUCUCGUUAUACAGGGAGAUGAUAGGAUGCACCUGCCCAGCCCUACGGACUCCAAGUUUUAUCGCACCCUAAUGGAGGAGGAGGACAUGGAAGAUAUAGUGGAUGCGGAUGAGUAUCUCGUGCCACACCAGGGCUUUUUCAACAGCCCUUCGACAUCCCGCACUCCCCUCUUGAGUUCAUUGAGUGCUACUAGCAACAACUCUGCUACAACCUGCAUUGACAGGAAUGGGCAGGGGCACCCUGUGCGGGAAGACAGUUUUGUCCAGAGGUAUAGCUCAGACCCAACAGGCGCUUUCUUGGAGGACAGCAUAGAUGACAGCUUCCUGCCAGCCCCAGAGUAUGUAAACCAGUUGGUGCCCAAGAAAGCAUCUGCCUCAGCAGUCCAGAAUCCAAUCUACAACAACUUCUCUCUCACAGCAAACUCAAAGGUCCCCACAGACUCCAGCUACCAGAAUUCACACAGCACAGCUGUGGACAACCCCGAAUAUCUCAACACUAACCAGUCUCCACUGGCAAAGACCGUCUUUGAAAGUUCUCCUUACUGGAUCCAGGCAGGCAACCACCAAAUAAAUCUGGACAAUCCUGACUACCAGCAGGACUUCUUACCGAACGAAACCAAACCUAAUGGUCUCUUGAAAGUUCCUGCAGCAGAAAACCCGGAGUACUUGAGGGUAGCAGCACCAAAAAGUGACUACAUUGAAGCCUCGGCGUGACCAUGGAGAAUUUCUUCUUGCAGCAGCAAGGCAAGCCAGACUCUUAAGUGAACUAUCUGGCUGCUGCAAGAAUGGACUCUGGCUCAGAGCAAAUGGCAACUGCAAUGCACCAAUAAGCACACUUCUCCUUUUCGGCAUGGGGGCUGAAACUGCAAAUCCCAUCUGAAGGCAGUUUGGGUCUUUUCUUGCCCAUUUCUAUGAAAUAACUGAGGCCCAUAGCCUGCACUCGGACGUUUGUUGGGAUGGAGCAGGAUCUUCCUGGACUGAAGAAAUAUGGAUGCAUUUCUUUCAUUUUCAAAUGGUAGCAUGGUAAAAAGCCACUCUGGGAUGAACUUGAGAGCUGUACACAUUGUACAGUCAAAUUCCUUUCUACAGUCUGUAUUUUUAUAAAUGUUUCUAACAGAACUUUUGGAUCUUUUACAAAAUCAGAUGCUUGUACUGCUGUUCUGCUAUGUGGUGCUCAGAUCACCAGCAGGAAAAAAAAAUAUUACCAAUAGUUUUCCAAAACUUCUGGAUCCGAAACUGUUAUUCCAAACCACUGAAUUUUUACAAAUUGGCUCCAUAUACUGCCUUUUGGCCCAAAGGUGAGAAGUGCACCUAAGGGAGGUGUGAGCAAUUCUUCCCGGGGCAGUAUGGAUUGGAUUGCUCCAGAGGAAACUUAGCACAAGGAGCAAAGUGGCACGAUGAUGCAUCACCUGCUAACCACUACUGCUAAGAACUGACAGAAGGAACUCACCUCAAGUCAUCUUUGAAUCAUACAUGUUUCUAAAGUGCUCACUAGUCUGUUUUCUAAUGGUCAAACCCAAGACAUUUUUUUUCUGAUCCCUUAUGCAGCUGUCAAGUUGUCAAAAUGCCUUUCUUCUUCAACAAAACUGUUAAAGAUGUUGCCGUAACUGAAAAAUGAAGUGUCAAAUAAUGUUUAACAGACCUUAAUUAAAUGUCAAGGAAAUGCAAAUGGUGGCAAAUUGGAACAUUCACGAGACAGACUGGAAGAACUAUACUAAAUUAGACUUGACUAGGGCAAGAAACACAGGUAGCUCUAGCCAAGCAGUUUUAUUUCCCUUCUUAAAGGGCAGAAAUCAUUUUCCCUUAUACAUGUGGCAAAGAAAAGGCGUAUAUGAGUGUUACACUUCAAGGCAGAAUAGUACCAAUUGCUGUUUCACACUGGGGCAGAGGCUGGGGCUGGUUACAUGUCCCUUUGGGGUUACAUAUCCUGGCAAUGCAGGAGGAGCAGUGAGAAUGAAUUAAGGAAAAAAUAAUCCAGAGUGAUGGAAUAUAUUAUCUCCCUCUUCUAAAACAUAGGGCUGCCUACUACUUCUUUAAAAUACACAGCAUCGUCUUCUGGUUAUCAGUAUGAUAUAGGCAGGCAAGGCAAGGCUAAGAUUUUAGCUUGACAGUAUAAAUCAGUCACAGCAGCAAAAGCAACUACUCUUUCCAGUGACCCAUAAAAUUAUUCCAUCAUUAACAUUUCUUAUGAGCGUAGGAGGAGUAAAGUGCCUAAAGUGUGAAUUUAGUCAGUCAUUUAGAUGCAUCCCACCAGCAACUUGGCAGUGCUAUUUUAAUCAAACCACUAGAUCAGAAGGCAAAUGCUCAUUUUGGGACAAAGGCCCUUAACUAGUUGAAUGCUGGCAACUUGCUUGAGGGUAGCAUAAGCAGCUGACUUGCAGAGGAUCUGUAGUCUAUAUUAAGUAGCAAGAAAGAGUCAAAUUUAUGCUGCUGCUGUGGUUUGAAUGCAGCAGUAUGUGUUUCAGUUUAAGGAUUGCAUCUGAAGUCCAAGAUCAAGCAGCAAAUCCUUAGAACACUCUUUUUACAGAUUUAUUGAGGGAAGGAGAAGAACAGUCAUGUGGAAUGACCCUUUUUGUAAGUAACAUGGUGUAAAAUGCAUUAACAGCUUGUAUGUGUACAGUGACUCAUGGGCCACUCUGCAGUCUAGCAUAAAGCAGCAUACUGAUCUCUUCUCUGGGGUUACCAGUGACAGGACCUGAGGGAGUGGCCUGAAGUUGUGUCACAGGACGUUUAGGUUGGAUAUUAGAAAAAGGUUCUUCACCCAGAGAGUGGUCAGGCAC